CUUGGUUGGUCGGCUGUGUUGUUGAAUUGGCCAUUAGGAGAGGAGAACACAGGUUCCAUGGUUACACUGGAUACACAAGAAACAGUCUUUGCAACAGGAUCAUAAAGAUGAGUAGCAGAAAUUUUUGUUCUUUCGUCACAAACCACUGCUCUGAAGACACAGAAAAGUUGCCUCAAAGAAUACAAGUGGGUCUGGGACACUCAAAAUGUAAAGUGGUCCAAUAUGAGCAACUACGGGACAUGCUAGAGGCCAAACGCCUUUCCUCUCAGCUCUCUCAACAGAAGGUCCAGAAGGUGUUGGAUGCAGCUCAGGUGAAUAAGGAAAGGAGUGUUCUGAGCCUUCAUAGACAAGUGUGGCUCCAGGAGCAUCACAGACUCAAUAUAGCCAGGCACAAGACUGAGAAGGACUUUCAACGUUUUCUUCAUGGAGGUGGAUUCAAAGAAGAAGCAGACACAGAUAUCCUUUCUCAGUUACAGGAAUAUGAGUUGGACCUGGAACAGGAACGUGAGGAGUUUCGAUUAACCACAGUGGAGCCUAUUUAUCAGCUAAGAGAUGAUCUGCAGUACAGACUCUCAUCACAUUGCUCAACAACCAAUCACGUCAGUGAGCUUGAGAAAGUCUCACAGCAGGUUCUGUCUGUCAGACAGCAGCAGGAGGAAGUCAUGGACAGACUUCAGUGUGAAUGUGUGUCUCUGCAGCAGGACAUCUGUGUUAAUGAACUCAAGGAGAACCUACUGUCUGCUGCAAUGGAUGACCAGGUAGCAUAUUUGGAGAAGGUUCCAGAUGAGAUCUUUAUUGCAGACUGCCCAUAUACUGAACUCAGAUCAGAUCUUAUCGACAGCUUUCAUUCUCUCACUGAGAAAUAUAAACUAAGAUUAGCAAUAGUGGGGACCAGACUACAAGGCCUGGACAGGAAUUGUGGCUGGAAUGCAGCAGAUCAUGAGUGUUUUCAGCACAUAAUGAGUCAGUAUUCCCCAAGUCUGCGGAACCAGCGCUCACUUUACAUUGACAUGUUGCAGAGAAUGCUGCCACAUAUAUCCAAACAGGAACUGAGUGUGCAUGAGCGUCAGAGUGACUGGUAUCAUUUCAGCAUUACACAGAAGAAUCUGAUACUGCAGGGCUGGCAGCGGGAUCACUCAGAGCUGCUCCUGAGGGCUCUGAGCAUGUUGGAGGACUGCAGAAUAUCUCACGUACAGCAGCAGGAACUUCAGAAACAGCGCUCACACCAGCAGAACAUCUGUCUCAAGCUCAGAGCAAAGCUGCAGCGGUGGCGCAUUCAGCAGGAGGAGGCUGCGGAGUUGGAGGCUACUCUUGCUGCUAACUGGUAUAAAGAGGAAGAGGUGAAACUGAGGAAAGAACAGCAAAGAGAAAAAACUAAAAGAGCUCAAGUGAAAAAGCAGAUAAAUACGUUCAAUGCAGAGAAGCAGAGAAAACAAGAGAUGCAGAGGUGGGGGGAUAUGUAGGAUUAGGUGCAGAGAGAUAAAGAAAGAGUGAAUUUCAGGAAAGAACAGUUUCAGCAGAAACUGCAGAUGCGUGAAGCUGAAGAAAAACAAAAACAGAAGGAAGAUAAAGAGAGAGAGGAGAGACUGCAGGCUUUAUGCAACCAGGUCUCUAAAGUAGCUGAAGCCAACCCAGAGAGGAUGAUGGGAAACACAGUGGCAUGGAGAGUACGUCAACAGCCUGAAGAAGUGUUUACAUUACAAAGGCCACUGUACCAGCUAAAUACGUACACUGAUUCACAGAUUGUGUCUGAUCCCAGAGUGCGUAUUGAACAAGCGCUCAGAACCGCAGGUCUCCAUAACACCCCUUAUGCAAGACAAAUUCUUUCUGAGAUCCAACCUCUAAAGCCACCCAGAAGAGACAUGGAGUCCGCUGCCUUCAGAUCCUGACCAAUAAUUAUAUGAAUGUAAUCAUCUUU